AUGGAAAUUAAGUGUGAAUAUAAUUUAUAGCAAUUAUUCAAUAAAGGACAUUUAGCUGUAGGGCUUAAAGUAAUACUAUAUUUUGCAGACAAUAUAAAUGAUCAUGCAUUAGAUAUCAUAAAAUAGUGUUGUUUAAAUAUGAUCCAAGCAUAACACCAAUAAAUUGUUUUUGACAUAUUUUAUAUACUUUAUGGGCUUUUUAUAAAGGAGAAUUACACAGGCCCAUAAUAUCAUUAUUAGAAUGCUGAUAAAAAGUUACAUAUUGAAAAUUUAUUAACUAAAUAAGUCAUUCCAAAAUGUUAAAUAAAUGAAAUUAGUAAAGAAUAAUUACAAGACCUUGGUUUGAUUGAAUUAGUACCUCUCAUUAAUUAGAUUAGUAGAGUUUCAGAAUAUGAAAUCUAUUAUUCAUAAGCUAAUCAAGAAUGUAAAUUUAAAGUCUAUAUUUAUAGAUAUUCUAAACAAAUUAUAAUGUUGUGGUGAACUUUUUAAAAGAGUGAUUUAACUUAAACAUUUAUUUGUAGUUUGCAAAUAAAUUCUUGAAUUAUUACAUAAAACUAAUCCAAUUUAUCAAUUGUGGUGGGCUAGAAUUAAUUUUAUGCAUAAUUAAUUCUUAGAUAAUCCUGUAUAAAUAUUAAAAGAUGAAAUUUUAAAUUCAUUCAAAGAAUUUCUUGAUAAUUAUCCAAUAAGUUGUAUUGAUUAAGCAAAAUUAUAUACAGAAUUAUCCUAUAUUUAUAAUUAUUAUUAUAAAUAUUAGGAAGCAGAAGCUUGCUUAGUAAAAGCAUAGGUAUUAAAUUAAUAAAAUAUUAGUAAUUGCUUAAAAUUAGAUUUGAAUUAACUGGUAAAUUAGGAAAGAAAACUAAAUUUCAAGAAGAGAAACUUCCUUAAUUAGUUGCAUAAAUAAUAGAUGAAGAAAGUGUUUAAAAAGAAAGUAUUUAAUAAUAUCUAUAUUAAAAUUAGUUAAAGAAUUACCAUAAGUAUAAGAGAUUCUUUAAUAAUAUGCUCCUUAAUAAGUAAAUUUAGAAGAGGAAUCAAUUUUAUUUGAUAAACCUAUGAUUGAUGGAGAACUCAAAUAAGAUGAAUUAAAAUUGGAAGAAUAGAUUGUUAUGUUAGGAUUGAUUCAUCAUUAUAAGAAAACACUACCAAAUGAUGAAAUACUUUAAUAAUAAGUUUAAGCAUAUUUAAAUUUAAUGCUUGAUAAAUCUAAUAGUUGGAUUGUAUAUUCAUAAGGUUUAAUGUUGAGAUCUUUAAAUGAAUUUAAUUAUUUAAAAAGAAUGGAGAGAGCAUUAAUUUAAAUGUAAACUUUAGUUGAUUAAUUUAUUGAUAUAUAACCAGAUUCUGAUUUAAGAGCAUUGAAUUUAUUUUAUUCAAAUUAUCCUGAUUAUUAUAAUUUAAGUGGAAUGUUAGGAGAAUAAUGGAUGAAAGUUGGAAUGAUGUCAAGCGGUUAUGAAAUAUUUGCUCGUUUAGAAAUGUGGGAAGAAUGUGUAGAAUGUAUUAUUGGUACUGGUGAUACAUAAAGAGCCUUAAAAGAAAUAGAAUAAAUUACAGCAAAAGGUUUAGGAACUAUUAAAAUGAAAUGUAUUACAGGAGAAAUUAAAUAAGAUCCUAAAAUCUUAAAAUAAGCUUGGAAAGAUUCUAAAAAAAGAUUUGCUAGAGCUCAAAGAUCUUUGGGAGAUUAUUAUUUCUUUAAGGAAAAAAAUUAUGAAAAAUCAAUUAAAUCUUAUAGAAAGGCUGUAAAAAUUAAUUCAUAUCAUUAAAAAUCAUGGUAUAUUAUGGGAUGUGCUUAUAUGAGAUUGAAUAAAUUAGAAGAAGCAAUUAAAUCUUUAGGAGAAGCUGUUAGAAUUAAUGAAAAUGAUGGUGAAAUUUGGGGUAAUAUAUCUUCUUGUUUGGUUGCUUUGAAAAAAUUUAAUGAAGCUUAAUCUGCUUUAGAAUAAGGAGUUAAAUAUGCUAGUACAGAUUGGAGACUUUGGAGUAAUUUAAUGGCUGUUUCUUUAAGAAAUAAAAAAUUUGUUCGAUUUUAUUCAUGUAUCGAAAAGCUUGUGUAAUUAGAUCAUCGAGAAUUGAUAGAUGAAUAAAUUAUACAAAAAAUAACAUAAACAUUUGCCUAUUAAACUGAUUAAUUAAAUUAAGAAAAUAUUAUUUAAUCAAACAUUAAUAAAAAUAGAAUUCUUAAAUUAUAUGAAUAUUUAGCUAAAGAAAUAGGAUAAAAAUAUUAUAUAUGGGAAGGUUUAGCAAAAUAUACUGAAUUGCUUAUAUUUUAUGAUAAAAAAUUGGCAUAAUUAUAAAAUUAAUAAGUUUUAGACUUUCAACCUUAUUAUAAUGAUAUAGUUCAAUAUAGAUUAAAAAGUUGUUAAAUGCUUUAAAUUCUAAAUUGGGAAAAAGAUAUGUAAAUUUAUUUUUUUUAUUUCAAGGUAAAUUUGUCAAAAUCUAGUCAAACAAUUAACAUCCUUAAAUUAAGAUAUAUAAUUGAUAAAAGAUGAGGACACUAUUAAAAAUGUUACUCUAUAUAUUUCCUAAUAAAAGAAUAGAUUAGAAACAAUUUUAGAUAAAAAAAUAAACUUUUGA